AUGAGUGGCAAGGGGCGGGGACGGCCAAAGAAGGCCUCGCUACCUCCGACGAACCAUGGCACAACAUCAUCUCCGGCGGAACCAGGGAAAGGAAGCAACAAUUCAGGGACUAAGGGGCAGAGCAACACGGUGAAGAAGGUAACUCAGGCUAUAUCGAGUCAGAUACAAAAUGAUACACCAGCUGCUACAGAUGCUAAAGGGUCAGGGGAACCUACUAGCCCGAAGAAGCUAUGGGUUGAUGUGAUUAGUGGGAAUCGGAAUCCUACGAAUGGACUGCAGAUGGAAUUUGUGGCUCCUAAGGUGGUUAACGUGGAGAUUGAUGUAGAGAUUGAAGAGGACGAUAUUGCUUCUGAAAUUCGAUAUUGGGACUCUCCCCUCAUCAUGUACGUUAUGGGGGGUGAUUUGAGUAUGAACACUGUGAAGCAAUUUAUGAUACGGAAUUGGAACUUUGCGAGGCUGCCAGACAUGUAUUUCAACGAUGAGGGUUACUUUAUCCUGCGUUUUCAUUCCAUGGAUGACAAAGAUCUUGUUCUAAUGAAGGGUCCAUACACCAUACACAAUAUGCCUAUGUUAUUGACCGACUGGAAACCAAAUUUUGAUUUGAAGAAAGAUAUGCUUCGCACGAUUCCGAUUUGGUUGACACUUCCCUAUCUGCCUCUCCACCUGUGGGGGAAACAGAGUUUGAGUAAGAUUGGAAGUGCGUUAGGUACUCCACUUGUUACAGAUGAGUGCACAGCUAACAAGUUGCGAGUCUCGUACGCGCGAAUUCUUGUGGAGAUGGAUGUUACGAAGCCUCCAAUAACUGAAAUCAAUAUAAGGGAUGUUGAAGGAAACAAUAGGAAGCAGAUUGUGGAGUAUGAUUGGCGACCAAAGUUUUGUGAAAGGUGUCAGCGAAUUGGUCACAAUUGUCUCGAUACUAUAGUGAAGAAACCUGUCAAACAAUGGAAACCUAAGAAUAUACAAUCAGAAGCAGGGGAAGGGAAGUCCACACACACUGAAGUAACUCAAAAUCCACCAGAAGUGAUUCAGCCUAGUGUUACAGAGGAAGCCUGGACUACUAUUGAAAGACAAAGGAAGGGAAAAACUAUUAUCAGUGAAGGGGUUGCUCAAAUUAGCCAAGACAACUCAUUUGAUCCACUAACUCUUGUGACUGAAGGGCCUGAUAUUUUAGUUCUUAUAGAAACUAGAGUGAAGAGGAAUAAUGCAAGUGGUAUCCGGAAUAAACUGAGAAUUCAUGAUUCUUAUUUAGACAAUUAUGAAAAUCACUAUAACGGACAGAUUUGGCUUAGCUGGAAUAGUAGAAAGUAUGAUAUCCAGAAGCUUGAACAGAGGAAAAUGUUAUGGAUAGAUAUUGCUGGGAUAAAUGAUACUCAAGUUGGGCCUUGGUGCUUGAUAGGCGAUUUUAACAAUGUGAUCGAAGCACAUGACAAAAUUGGAGGCAGACUGGUGAGUGAUGGUGAAAUCAGAGACUUAAAAGAUAUGAUGGACAACACAGGUUUGGCUGAGCUUGAUAGUGUGGCUUAUCAGGACUGGACCCUUGCAAUUCAAGAGCCUCAGGUUUCAUACCAUGCCCUAUUGUGCCUAAGUAGACAUGAUCAUGUGAGGAGAAGGAGCAGGUUGUUUAAAUUUAGGAACAAUGUGACUCAUCUGGAGGGAUUCCAUCAAAUUGUUCUUCAAAACUGGCAACAUCUCUCAGGUAACCCCAUGUAUAUUAUCUGGCACAAACUCAAAAGAUUAGUCCCUGUUCUGAGGAAGUUUAGUAAGCCUUUGUCUGGCCUGAGGAAGAAGCUGAUGGAAGCUAGGAGUACCCUUAUUGAGGCCCAAAAAUCUCUGUCUGCUGAUAGGCAUAAUCCUGUGCUUAUUCUGAAGGUUAAGGAUCAUACUGACUUGGUGUUAAGUUUGGCAGAGAUGGAACAAGAGGAUAUAGCCCAAAGAGCCAAACUUGAGUGGAUUAAAGUUGGUGAUGGGAACAAUAGCUAUUUCUAUGCAUCCAUAAAGCAGAGAAGUAAACAAAACUAUAUUGGUAGCAUGACUAGGGAAGAUGGUAGAAUUGUACAUGAGUAG